AUGAUGAAUUUCGAUAAUCUCUUUCGGUGUUUUAUAUUAACUCAAUCAGUUGUACGUGAUUGGGGAAAUCCAUUUCAUUUACAAAAACUUUUUACCUAUCGACGUGAAAAAAUUGCUAAACAAAAAGGUAAUCAAAACUAUAUAAAUGCUCGAUUUCGUUCACCACUUGCCAAUUAUUUACCACAUUUGGUUCCAUCUCAAGUUGCUACAGCUCAUUUUCAACUUGUUCUAUCAUGUGAUCAUCGUUUUGGUAUUGAUUCAAUUCUAAUAGGAAUUUGUUAUUCUGGAACAGGUGAUCAUGGUUUUAGUAGACGAAGGUUAUUUACUACAGUCACAUUAAUUAAUCAAUAUCCUAUAGGUUCAAUUCUUCUUGAAAAUCCAUAUUAUGGUUUAAGAAAACCACCAGAUCAAUCUCGUUCAUCAUUAUUGUAUAUUACCGAUUUAUAA